AUGGUUCUCGCUCCAUGGUCAUUCCAGCCGUCGUCCUUCUUGAUCCUCGAGAUAGUAGGCGCUCGAUCGGAGCUUUCCAAUGACCUUAAAGGGGCCGACCCAUGGGGCUUCCAGCUUACUCACAUUGCCGACCGGCUUUACCUUCUUCCAUACCAGGUCGCCGACCUGAAACGCUCUAGGGAUUACUCGCUUGUUAUAAUUCUGCUUCAUCCUUUGCCGUCCACAAUUUACGAACUACAUGAUCCUUACUGCAGAGAGCUCUCGUGGGGUGUACUGCGGGCCUGCGGCAUCGUCCGAUUAAGCGUGACGGUGGCGAGGACCGAGGGCAUCCUAAUCCUCAAGUACGCUCUUCAAGGAUCCCGCAGGCUUUGGUGCGGGAGUACUCGAUCCCUCCUCAUCGUCACCCCCUUCGAGGAGCAGGGAAUAGAGAGGAUGAUUGGCAUUGCUAAAGAGGAUGGUGGACUGCACUACUUUGAGAAUGAUGAUAGUAUGGAAAGGAAAGCUAGAAUAAUUCUUCUUAUGUUUCCAACAAGGAUGUAAUAAUGUGGCAUCGUAGGUUAGGCCACCCUAAUUUUCAUUACCUUAAACGCUUAUUUUUACAUUUAUUUAUCAAUAAGAAUCCUAGUUUGUUUACA